AUGAGAUACGUGAUUCUCCGACAUCAAGUUCCAGCUGGACGGGUCGAGGCACACUUGGAGUUUCACGUGGGGUCCAUCGAUGAACAAGAGAAUCAGCGUGGGAUGGCCCACAUGCUCGAACAUGUGUGUUUCCUGGGCUCCGAGCGCCGCAUGCAGCUGCAGAGCGGUGGUCUGGGCAUGACCAGCAACGCGUGCACCGACUUCAAUCACACGGUCUACCACCUGAGCCUUGGCACUGAGUACCUGAGCCAGGGACUGGAGGCACUCGCAGAUAUCGGUUUCAAUCCUGCCUUCCGCCCGGAGCGCGUCGAAAAGGAGCGCGCAGCCGUUCUUUCCGAAGCUCAAAUGGUCAAUGACGUGCAGUAUCGCCUGCAGACGCAGUUCCUGACAGCAAUGCACAAGGACAACCCGAUCCACGUGAGAUUCCCCAUCGGCUUGGAACACCAGAUCGCCAACUGGACCGUAGAAGACCUGCAGUCCUUUCACAUUCGGUGGUAUGUGCCAGAGAACGCCACCCUGUUUAUCGUCGGUGAUGUGGAUGAAGAUAUUGCAGUGGAGAAGGUUGAGCAGACCUUCAACAGCAUCUCCAGCGCAGGGUUGGCCACCGGUCAGCCUUGGGACUUGGACGCCACCUCCCUUCUGAGGCCGGCGAUCGAAGGUCGGCCCAGGGUGCUGCAUAGUUUCGUGGAGCCAAUCGAUGGCCCAGAAGAAGGAGCCCCUGCUCUCAAAGAUUGGAGUACCGACCUCAAGGUCAACGUUUCAACCAAUGACUUGCUGCAGGGCAUGCAGAUUGCUUGGGCCGCGAAGAUGCCCAUGGUGCCGGCCAGGACGCUGGACGAUCUUUCGGAGUGGCUUUGCCAGCGCCUGGUUGUUGAGGCGGUCCGCCUGCGCUUCUCUGCACGUUGGCGAUCUGGCGUGAUCCCCUGCACUCUCCACUCUUACGACACAGCACGAGAGGCUGUGUCCAUCACUAGCCUGACCAUCAUGACCGAGCCCAACCGUUGGAAAGAUCGUUGUGAAGAGGUGCUGCAAGAAAUCCUUGCCAUCUCCUCCCAUGGUCUGGCACAAGAGGAGCUGGACCUUGCCAAGCGUAUGACGUUGGACCGUGUCAAAGAGGCCGCAGACGCUCAACCAUGGGCUGUGAUGGGCACCUUGAAAGGCUACGAGGCUGCAGGAACUUCCCGCGAGGUGGUGGAUGCGAUGAUAGCUUCCUUUCCAGGCAGCCACUUGCUCACCGAGGCACCGGCCUUCAGCCAGGCCCUGCGAAAAGCUGCGGAGGAAAUCGAUCUGACGCGCUUCAACCAGGCAGUGAAGUCCAUGCUGGGCUACUUCGGUGGCAGUGCCGCCGGUGGGGCAGCCAAUGCGCGUGGAUCAGUGAUUGUCUCGUGCCCCGCCACCGUCACGGAGGAGUUAACGGGCCGCAAGGUGCCGUUCACCGCACCGACGGUUGAAGAAGUUGAAUCAGUUCUGCGCAACAUCGAUGAACUCGACGAAAGCGAGGUAGCAGAGAGGCGGGUGUCAGCUCCUGCCUCCCUUUCUCCGGCUGUUGGAGAGAAGCUUCCGGAGCCUCUGGAAGUCCUCCGGGCAGCAUCCAGCAAAGAGGCUACGACACUUCGUCUUGCAAAUGGGCUUGUUGUCAGGCUGCUGGUUAUGCCCGCCAGCCCGAGCUCGGGACCAGCUCGUGGUGGUCUCCGCCUGACGGUGCCGGGCGGCCGCGCAGCUGAUGAGGUUGCGGGACGAAUGGGAGCUUCGCGUGCAAUGCUGCAUGCUUUAGACAACUGCGCUGUGGGCGAAUGGAGCCAAGAAGAGGUUCAGCUCUUUCGUGCUUUGAACUCCGUGCAGACCGAUUUCAAAGCUGGUACUGACGCUUUGGAGCUCGACGUCUUCUUCCCUCCGACGGCUGCGUCUUGCCGGGCAGCGCUGGAGUGGCUGCACUGGGCACUGAAAGAGCCCCAGUUCAAUCUGCAAGGCUUCGCAGAUGCACAGUUGCGGAUGAAAGGCGACACUACAUUCCGGGAAAAGUCCUUGGAGGGCGCUUCGCGCCAGGCUCUCCUCGAGCGCAUGUAUCCUUCACAUCGAUGGCUGGAUGAGGCAGCGAUGCUGCAGGUGAAUCAGCUGACCCUGGGCCUGAUGAAGAAGGCCGCACAGGAACAGCUUGGCUCCGUGGCUGGGCUGGAACUGGACCUGGUUGUGUGUAUCCCUUCCCAUGCAAGUGCGGCAAGUGGCCUCAUGCACGAGGAGUCUUUCGAAGAAGCCUCCGAUGCGCCGGUCGAAGAAGAAGAGGCCAUUGCAGAGAUGAGAAAGAUGCUGGAGCGGGAGGUUUGCCGAUGCCUGGGGUCGCUUCCGAGCAGUGCGGGCGACCAGGCCUUCCAAGCCCCGACUCCAUCCGCCAGCAGUCGCGGGGCUGAGCUGCGAGUCCAUUUGCCUGACAAGGAGGCUCGGGCCAUGGUCAUGGUUGGUGGGACAGCACCUGGAUACUGGGGAGAUUGCCCGGGAUUCCUCGAGGUCACUGCCGAGAGUCCUGUUGCCGAGCCUCCCAAGAUGGGUAAGAGCCGGCACGGACCGAUGGUUUGGGGUGUCGGAAGUUUGCUGGUCGUGGGAUUGGUCUUCACGGUCUCGAAGAGUGUCCCUCGGCUUGCGAAUGGCGGCAACCACCGGAGCUUGUCGGAUGCGAUGGGACCACAACUUGCCAGCACUGGAUGCUGCCGAUUUGCCAAGGAGUUCGAAGACGCCGAUUGGUACAAUCCGCAGACCCGGGCAGACUUCAUGGCUAACGUGAUGCACGUCGAGCGUCGUUUCUUUGGAGAAGCAGCAGCACUUGCUUUCGAUCCCGACACUGGCAUGACUUACGACGGCGUUGGCCUGGACUACCAGACUGGUGAUGUCCAGCACGAAACUCUUCGAACGUUCUCGGCACCAUCCAAAGAGGCUCUACAUUUGAGUCUCCUGGCUUUGGCCCUUCAGCCCGCCGACGACGUGCCUGCGGAGCUGGCCACGGUGUUGCCUCUGCUUUAUAGCUCUGAGGAGGCACUCGACAUCCUGGAGAAGAAAGCCGGAACCAUGGAGGACUUCGAUGCAAACUUCCCGGGCUUCGGGGGCUUCAUGCCCUGGUUCUGUUCGCGUGGCAUCAACGAAGCCGGGUACUGCAAGACCCUUACAGAGCCUGGAGCAAGGAUGACGCCAGUGUCUGGCUGGGAGAAGAGACUCCCUGGCCUGGAUAACGGCCAGCUUGCGUUUGGCACUGUUGCGGUGGUGCAUGCUCUGAAGCGCCGUGCUACGCAGGAAGGAGCCUCCAGUCGCUUUGCUCAGCUGGCCCGGCGCUGGGACGCUCGCCUGGAGCGGAUGAAGGCAUCCGUUGUUAGCUUGUUCUACAACGGGGCCGGCUUGGUGCGCAUGGUCAGUGAGCUCGACAACAUCACAGUGGAUGUUGCAAAGAAUGCUUCCAAUGCUCACAACGAAAACGGUUUGUUUCUUUGGGAUGCUUUCGAAGGAGAGAUGAUUGUUCUCUUCAUGGACAUAUUCGGCAACUGGACCAAGUACCCAAACAAUGGUGAGGAGGACAGGAAGCUGAUGUGGAAGAUCAAAGCAGAACACGUCGAGCCUGUUGUGUAUACAGCCGCCGACAACACGAAGAUGGUCCUGCAAAAAGGGUAUUGGUUCUCCGCACACGAACAGUGGAAGACCUUGCAGCUCCCAUACAUGGACAUCCCGCUGGUCCGGCACCUGUUUGCAAACGGUGAGUUCGCGCGCUUGGAGAAUUCAGUGCAACAGGAGCUGCCUGGCCUAAUGGCUUCCGUCAAUGCACCCAAUGGUGUGCAGUGUGACGCUCAUCCCUACUGUAGUGCGGUGGGAAUACAGGCAUUGGCGGAGGAACCUGUUUUCAGUUUCAAGGAGGAGACAGUCCUUACGCCUUAUGCCGCUUUCCCAUCGAUCUUGGUGGAUUCAGCAGCUGGUCUCGCGUGGUACAACCACAUGCUGGCCAUGCCCCGGGUGCAAACACCUGUUGGCAGCAUAGAGUCCUUUACAGACACAGGAAAAGCCGUGGCACCCAUGGCGACCUGGGAUGCCAAAGCUACCACCAUCUUAGCCAUGUUGGGCGGCACCGGGCCUCUGCUUCGCAAUUACAUGCAGGAGCAGGGACUUUAUGGCGUCUUCGAGGAUCGUGUGAAGUCCAUGUACGGCCCAGUCUUCGAGCCGGUCAUUGCAGCUGUGAUGCCAAACAAGGCUUCAAUCGACAAGCACAUAGCACAGCUUCCAAAGCUGCCGCUGCCGGCACCUCAUCCCACUCGCAAGGAUUCCUUGCCGGAGGACUUUCCGAGCUGCCGUGGAGACGAGACUUGGCAGAGGACAGCUAGGUACAAAGGCUUUUCUUGGGGGCCUCGAGCAGAGCAGGAUCCAUUGUACCCAGCUCGAGCCACCCAGCUCAUGAUGGAGUGCUUGAAUGCCAGACUUCUGGGACGGGUGCGAGAUCAGCUGAGCUUGACAUACAACUGCGAGAUUGAGCUCACCAUGUUCGAGGGCUUCGAUGCUGGACACUUUAUGUGCAAGGUCUUUACAUUCCCUCAGACCGUGGCCCGUGCAGCAGAAGCAGCGGUGCAGGUGCUUCGAAGUCCCGGAUGGAUGCCCUUCACGGACAUGGAGAUUGAUGCCUCGAAGAAAGUCAUGGCCUUUCGGGAAGGGCACAUGCAGAGGGAAGAUCGCAGUUAUUGGCUUGGCCGUAUCCGACCUAUCCCUGGCAGCCAAAGCUCAUCCCCUGGAAACCGCUAUGAGCAGGAAGCGCGGCUGCUGGAUUCCCUAGGUGCCGUUGUGGGACUUUUCUGGGCCGUGGAGGGAGCUGAAAGUCGAUUAGCCUACCCACAUGCUACAGAUGAAGCCGUCCCACUACAGAGCAGGGAGGCCUUGCUUCACGUCGUGUGGGCUUUGAUACAAGACUACCUGGGUGAACCCCCGAAGAUGCAGGUUGUGACCUACGAAGUUGAUCCGUUCACUUGCAACCACACGGUUAAGCUUUGGGAUCCUCGCUCGGGCAGGGCAGGAACACGCUUCCUGACCGGCCACACGGACACGGUCCUCACAGUUGCGAUGAAGGGAAACACUGUCCUUACGGGAUCUUACGAUUGCACUGCCAGGGCCUGGGACGCCUCACGAGGUGUAUUGCUCAAGACGAUCCUCUUCGACUGCUCCGUUACUGCAGUGGGCAUUGAGCAGUCCACCAUCAUCUUGGGCGGCAGCAAUGGUAUGGCCGUGCUGGGCAAGAUCACUGGGGAGCAGCCCGUGCUGCCCUACGGCCUUCAGGCAGUAGAGAAGGCCGACUGCGUGCGCCUGGUCGGCCAUUGCAAGGGAAUAAGCUCAGUUCUUCUCCACGGCUGCAUGGCAGUUACAGGAUCCAGUGACUGCACAGCACGAAUCUGGAACACGGCCACCGGGCGCGUGAAGCACGUCCUCUCCGGACACAAACGUCGAGUUGCCUCCGUGUCCAUGCACCGGAACUUGCAGCUUUUGGCGACUGGGUCUAUGGACGGUACUGCACGGCUGUGGAAUUCUGAGUCCGGCAUGCUCCUGGAUAUAAUCAGCUUCGCAACGCUGCCAGCUUCAGGCUUAUUUUCAUGCUUGUUGACGUCGGACCCUGUGGUGUCCUUGGCCAUCGCCGGGGAUUUUGUCGCUAUGGGUUCGGGCCGUGGCGCCGUGCAGGUGUGGAACCGUCGAACAAAGGAGCUCCAGGUACUUGCGAAAGGUGAGUAUGGACUCCUGGGCUCCAGCGCUGCGGUCGCCGUGCAAAGUCAUGGCUUGGUGGUCGCCGGUUUCAAGGCUGGCCUGGCCAAGGCCUGGAAUGUGAAGGAAGGAAUGUCCCCUUUCCUGCUGACCUCAGGCUUUCACGCGCACGUCGCAAACCCUUCUUAUGCCUUGAUGCUGUAG